UGCGCAAGCGCUGUGAGGCAGUGCAAAAGGAAAAUGGCGGUCAUGAAAACAGGUUGGAGACCUCCAAAUCAAGGGGGUAUUGUACGUGUCGGCUACUACGAAAUAGAUCGGACAAUUGGAAAAGGCAAUUUUGCCGUCGUAAAACUGGCCACACAUAUUGUAACUAAAACGAAGGUUGCCAUAAAGAUUAUUGAUAAAGAACAAUUGGAUGAAGAUAACCUGAAGAAAAUAUUCCGAGAAAUGCGGAUCAUGAAGUUACUGAAACAUCCCCAUAUAGUGCGACUUUAUCAGGUAAUGGAGACAGAUAGAAUGUUAUACCUGGUUACAGAAUAUGCCAGCGGAGGGGAAAUAUUUGAUCAUUUAGUAGCACAUGGAAGAAUGAAUGAAAAAGAAGCCAGAAAAAAAUUCAAACAAAUUGUGGCAGCUGUUGCAUUUUGUCACAGUAGAAAUGUCGUUCAUCGAGAUCUCAAAGCAGAAAAUCUUCUGCUUGAUGCCAAUCUCAAUAUCAAGCUAGCAGAUUUUGGAUUUAGUAAUACAUUUUCUCCGGGAUCAGCCCUGAAGACUUGGUGUGGUAGUCCGCCAUAUGCCGCUCCUGAACUCUUUGAGGGUAAAGAGUAUUACGCCCCAGGAGUUGAUGUCUGGAGUCUUGGGGUUGUGCUGUAUGUGCUUGUUUGUGGUGCUUUACCAUUUGAUGGCAGUUCACUACAAAGUCUUAGGUCGAGGGUGCUUUCAGGGAAAUUUCGAGUGCCAUUUUUCAUGUCCACAGAAUGUGAAAACCUUAUCAAGCAGAUGUUAACUGUGGAUCCCUCAAAACGUAUUUCAAUACAGCAGAUUUUGAAUCAUGAAUGGGUUAGAGCUGGGGAUGAGGAUCCUGAAUUUGAGGAACUAAUCUUAUAUUCAAGAUCUGCAACUAAUGAGGCAGAGGAACUUAAUGAAAACAUUCUUAUUCACAUGGAGAAUCUGGGACUUGAUCGGGAAAUGACAGAAAAGUCUGUACAGUUGGAGGCAUAUGACCACCACAGUGCUGUUUAUCAUCUACUGCUUGACAAAAUAAAGAAACACCCCAAAUCAAGCAUAAAUAAAUUGCCAACCUUACUACCAAUAGGAGUGGCAACGGAGAGAAGGUCCAGUAUUACUACUGGUGUGGUGGAUCAGGUCAAUAAAUCAGGAGAAGUCACUUCAGAAUCAACACCACUUAUUUCCCCUGCAGCUUUAUCACGCAUUCAGCAACUAGUAGAACAAACAGAGGGAGAAGAUACAUCUAGUCAGCAUUCUGAUUCUGAUAAUGAAGAGCCCUCCCCUGAAGCCCUUGCUAGGUAUCUUGCCAUGCGUCGCCACACUGUAGGAGUGGGGGACUCUCGCCAUGAAGUACCAGAAGAUGUUCGAGUCAAACUGGCCAAUCAUCAACCUCUUAUAGCUUCUCCUCAGCCAAAUCUCUACUGGCCAAUGGGUUUUGUGCCAAAUACCAACAAUCCCCAUCUUCCUACUGUGCCAAAUGAAAUGCCUAGUGUUGCUGUCGCAGAUCAACAAUUCUUGCAACUUCCUACUUGUUUUGGAGCAGGUGGAGGAGGAAGUUGGAACAGGAGAGCUUCUGAUGGAGGUGCUAACAUACAGUUGUUCGCACGUCAGAUUUGCCAAGGAGGCACUAGUUUACCAGGUAGUCCAGGCAGUCAAGAGGCACUUCCUACUCUCAACCAGUCCUCCGCAGGACUACAGUUGCCAACACUUCAGGGCUCUGUAACUGUAGAAGAAAAUGAGGAUGGAGGCUCGGACCAGGAACCAGACCCAGAAGCUGUACAGAGGUACUUGGCCAGUAGAGGUAGAAAUAAAAGACACACUUUGGCAAUGUCAAAUCCUAUCCAUGAGAUUCCUGAGGAGUUGCAGAAAAAGCUUUCCCUACAGCCAAUCAGAGCACCUAGACGAGGGAGCGCACUAGGAACAAUGCCACUUCCAGAAAGAGUUGCAUCAACUCCAAACUCUUUUGCGAACUGCUUACAUUUACCAAAUGAGAGAUUUUCACCUGUACGCCGAGCCAGUGAUGGGUUGGCCAAUUUACCAAAAUACCAAUCACAUCUGGAAAAGAUAUACAACCAGACCAUACAACAAUCUGGCUCUAGACACAGCAGCCAGUCCAGUCUCAAACAGCUACAGCAGGAAUGUCAAGAACUACAGAAACAAUGUCAUCGUGACCCAGGAAAGGACGUUGAACUUCAGCAGCAACACACAUUUCACCGCCUCCAUCAAUCUCUCCAGAACAAUGUCAUGCCUCACUCUCCCGUUCCAUCACCACCUCUCGCACCAGCUUCUCCAAGUUUUAAUCACAGUAGUCAAAUACAAACAGACACACAGACAUCAUCUCUGUAUCAACAGUUACAACGUCUUCAUCUUGUUCAGCCACAAAACUACCAUCGAGGUAGCCCUCCAAAUUGUAUAUCAGGACAACAAACCGACUCUCCAACAUCCCAGUCACUUCUCCUGCAUUCGUUUACCCAACAAAAACAGAGGUCUAGUCCACCUCCCAAUGCCACGAAUUUCCAAAAUUUACAAAUGAUUCGUGAAGACUCCCAAGAUACAUGUGAUACAACUAACAGUAACGAGGAAUUCAACAUGCAUGCUUCACUAUUUUACCAAGAAGGCAUGGGAGAUUUAGGACAUAGACAAUAUGUGAACAAACCUCAGAUCAGUAUAACUGAUACACAUGGUCAUGUCACCGCUGUACAUUCAGAUGGUGAUGAAACAGAAGGCAUGGAAGAAAGUGAUAUACAAUUACAGCCAAAAACCUCAGGAAGUUUCUCCACAUUCCAAGACCAGGUCUCUAAAUCUGUUUCCCAAAAUUCUUUUCAGCACUACAGUCACCAAAAGAGCUUAGCUACUUUCAGUACAGUGGUUUAUAACUCAAACCUAGCAAACAUUCCCCCAUAUCUCAGUGGGAAAACACUUUAUUGGGACAUUUCUCAAAGUGAAUUGCCAUUUUCAUCUUAUAACUGGCCUAAUGCUCAAAUUGAUCAUCAGAAACACAAUGCAAUGGAUCUUAUACAUAGUCAACAGAGUUUUCAGUAUGACCAAAAACAUUCAAGAAUGAAAGACCACACUUUAAGCCAAUCAAAUGCAGAAAAAGCAAUUGACCUAUCACAGUCUAAUCAACUUGGUCAGAGUGAUGAAGUGAAUAUUCAGAAAGUGAACUCUAACAUCAACCUUGCCUCAACUCGUACUGUUGAGGACAUUCUCUCGGAACUUAAGCGCAUUCUUCAAAUUGGAAACAAAGGAAGAGUGGUGCAGUUUUCUGAAAACUUGUUUCGGUUAGAGAACUCGGAUGUUCAGAUGGAACUUGAAGUGUGUCAAGGGGACAGUUACAAUGGUCUGCAGGUCAGAAGGAUCUCCGGUGAUAAGGGUCAUUACCGUCAACUCUGUCAUGAUUUACUCUCUGGAAUUAAUCUAUGACAAAAGUUGUUUGUUAUAGACAUUAACAAUGAAUCUCCUUACAGAGCCUUUUUAUUCCUCAGAAGAUUCUCUGUUACAUAUACUUUUUAUUCAUGCCAAGAUACCUUGAAACCAUAUAAGGUUUUUAACUAGUAGUCAAAUCAAUUAAGUGGUUUUGUAAAAGACCUUUUGAGUCUUUCAAAUGACACUUUCAAUUUGUUCCCGUCCAUCAGCAUCUGUUGUACAUUUAAUAUUUGAAUAAUUUAAUCUUUUUUGCAUAAAUUAUCACAUCUGCACUUGCUGUCAGCAGAGAAAAAGUUGCCUGGCAUUCUUUGCAUGUUAUGUUGCCAGUGAAAGGAAGAUUCUAAUAUGUAAAUGAUAAUGUCAGAGAAGGGUUUAUAAUAAAUUGCUUUCAAAAGA